UCUAUCUGUGUCUAUUAAUAUAUAAAUCUAUGGGAUUUACGGAGAGCCUAUGUGCAGUCUAAACUAUAGUCAUGGCAUUUAUCAGGACAAACGCGCAAUGUAAAGAAAGGUUUUCGCUCCUGUUACUGGAUCUUGAGGAGUAUUAUUUUGAACAGCACAUAGCAUACCAUGUGACAAGUACUUCUAAUACCAAAAGAAAAAUACGAGGUUCAUUCAAAGUUUGCUCCAAAUCGGUUAUUUUUGAACCUGAAGACGUUGUGGAGCCAAUUUUAAAGAUUCCACUUAGAGACUGUAAAAGCAUAAAAGCUGUUGAAGGAAGUUGUCAUGUUUUUAAUGAGACCCAACCAACAGGCCUCUCAAUCUCAUGUGGACAGGUUUAUAGUAUCAAAGCAAGCAAUGUUAUUGCACCUUACAAAAUUGAAAGGGGAAACAAGACAUUUGUCUUCCAUCUGGAGGUAACAAGUAAAACAGAGGAUGUUGUCCAAACAUUACUUCAGCUGCAACGGGCAUCUUGUCUGGACAAGCUUGCAGACCAAACUGCGAUGAUCACAGCUAAUUUGCAGUCAAGACUGGCAAGGACUUCAUUUGACAAGAACAGCUUUGAGAGUGUUGCAGAAAAAACACACAUGGAAUGUAAGGCAGAGAUGGUGACACCCCUGGUGACAAAUGCAGGCUUUGUCUGCAUAACAGAUGAAAACCUUUACUUUCAACCCCUCAAUGGUUAUCCUGAACAGGUAGUCCAAAUCAAGCUUCACAAAGUAAGAAGAAUAUACAAAAGGCGCCAGGGAUUCAGACCACUGGGACUAGAGGUCUUCUGUUCUGAAAAUGACUUCUGCUCAGACAUCUACCUGAAGUUUUACGACACCUGCGACAGAGAUGAACUCUACUAUUAUAUUGCCACAUUUCUAGAGAACCACACAGUGGAACACACGGCUGAGAGUUACAUGCUGCAAUGGCAGCGGGGCCACCUCAGUAACUACCACUACCUACUACAUCUCAAUAAUCUGGCAGACCGCAGCUGCAAUGAUCUCUCUGCAUACCCAGUCUUCCCCUGGAUCAUUUCAGACUACACAAGCACACACUUAGAUCUGACGAGUGCUUCAACAUACAGAGACCUGAGUAAGCCUGUGGGAGCACUGAACCGAGGGAGACUGGAGAGAUUGUUGAUGCGGUACAAAGACAUGCCUGAACCCCGUUUUAUGUAUGGUAGUCAUUACUCCUCUCCUGGCUAUGUGCUAUUCUACUUGGUCAGAGUGGCUCCAGAGCACAUGCUGUGUCUACAAAAUGGCCGCUACGACAACGCAGACCGCAUGUUUAAUAACAUUGGAGAAACAUGGAGAAAUUGCUUGGAAGGUGCAACAGACUUCAAAGAGUUGAUUCCUGACUUUUAUGGAGAUGAUACCGGCUUCCUUGUGAACAGUUUGAAUCUAAACUUGGGAAGAAGACAGGAUGGAAGUUGGGUUGGAGAUGUGGUUCUUCCUCCAUGGGCACAAGAUGCUAGUGAUUUUCUUCAGAAGAAUCGUCAAGCAUUUGAGAGUCAGUAUGUGUCAGAACACCUGCAUGAGUGGAUUGACCUGGUGUUUGGCUUUAAACAAAGAGGAUGUGAAGCGGUGGUGGCCCACAAUGUGUUUCAUCCCUUGACAUACGAGGGUAGCUUUGAUUGUGACAGCUUCAUGGACCCUGAUCAAAGGAUUGCCAUGUUGACACAGAUUCUUGAAUUUGGUCAAACUCCAAAGCAGCUGUUCACCAACCCUCAUCCACAGAGGAUAUCCCCUUGGGUGAACAUGUCUCAGACAGCCAGCUGCAACACAUCCCUCUCUCCAGACCUGACAGAAAGAAGCGGAAGAAUGAUCUGGACCAAUAUAACAAGUCUGAAACUGCUGUCAAGCCACAAAAUUCACAAAGAGGCGGUGACAGGUAUCACUGUGACACAAAACGGGUCAGCAGUUUUUUCAACAUCGCAAGACUCCACACUGAAAAUGUUUUCCAACGAGUCAAAUGUAUUUCAGCGGAGCAUGUCCUUCUCCAAUAUGGCUUUAUCAUCCUGCUUGAUGCUCCCUGAAGAUAAAGCUGUGGUUUGUUCCUCCUGGGAUAACAAUGUGUAUUUUUACUCCAUACCUUAUGGUAGACGGCAGGAUACUUUGAUGGGACAUGAUGAUGCGGUCAGCAAAGUGUGUUGGAUGAACGACCAGCUUUACACUGCAUCCUGGGACUCCACUGUGAAGGUGUGGAAAUGUACGUGUGCUGAUAUCUCAAGAACAAAAAGGAGCCAGCUUCAGUUGCUAGCAGAGUUUGAACAUGAUGCGGGGGUAAAUACAAUCAGCUUGAAUCCAGCUGGUACCCUUUUGGUAUCUGGAUCUAAGGAUGGAACUGCAAGCAUUUGGGACACUACUACCUUUGCAUUACUACAUCAAGUCAACUGCCACACAGGAACCAUCCACGACAUAGCCUUUAGUCCUGAUAGUAGACAUAUAUUGAGUGUAGGAGAGGACUUCUGUCUGAAGAUGCUUGACGUCCAAACGGGCAUGCUGAUCUUAUCUUUGCAAGCUGAAGAGGAGCAGAGGUGCUUCUGCUGGGAUGGAAACACAGUCCUUACCGGAGGACAGUCUGGAGACCUACUUUUCUGGAAUCUGCUCAGCAGCAAAGUGACCAGUAGGAUCCCUGGACAUUCAGGUAUGGUCACAGCCAUGUGGAUGAAUGAGCAGUCUAGUUCCUUGAUAACAGGCGGAGAGGACAAGCACAUCAUCUUCUGGAAGCCUGAAUGAUAAAAUCAGGGCUUGAUAAGAUUGUAAACAUGUCUCCAAUAAACUCCCACACUUUACAGUUUUUCUCAAUUGCUAAGACAGUUCUUGAAUGUGUACUGUGUUUUCUCCAAAACACACAUCUUCAUACUUACACUGUUUUGGCCAAACCCUUGACUUUUGACGCAAAAUAAAACACUGUAAUCAAAACCUACCUUAUCAUUCAAAAUACACACAAAGCCCUCAAUAAAAUCAACCUUCUGAAUACCCUAUACACACUGCUGGGAGGAAUUGAAAACACUAUUAUAAAAAGCUUUUUAUGAACCAUUGACUAUAACGUGUCCCUGAAUUUUAGAUAUGUUCCACCUCAUGAGUUUGACAUUAUGUAAAUCAUAAAAAUUAUUUAAAAAUAUUACAGGAUGUUUAUUUUCUGUCUACAUUAUAAAGCAAUUGCAUUUUGUGCUUGUGUUACUGUAGUGGUCACAGCAUAAAAAUAGUAGUACUGUUAUAGUCAACAACACAAAUUAAUUACUGUAAUUUGGGGAACAAAGGCUAAGAAAACAAGGAAACAAACAAAGCAUUUUUUCACUUGGGUAACAGGGCUUCAGUACGCUACAGUAAUGUUCACUCUUGGUCAGCAUCCUGUCUCUGACCAGGGUCAGGCCAGAGAUUUUCAUCAACAUGACAGACAAUGUUUUCUCUAGCCAAACAGCAGGGAAAAAUGCCCUUGAAUGCCUGACCAUCCCUGACAAGACUCAACAUCAAUGUCCCCACAAGCCUCUUCCAUGGCUUGGAAAAGGUGGUUCUGUACAUACAUACAUACAUACAUACAUACAUACAUACAUACAUACAUACAUACAUACAUACAUACAUACAUACAUACAUACAUACAUACAUACAUAUAUACAUACUUCUGUAUGUACAUACAUCUGUCAUAGUGUGGCCAAAUCUCAUUUGAGAUUGUUGUUCUUCUUCCUCUUCCUCUGCCUCUUCCUCUCCCUUGUCCAUCUCCUGUCAUUCUGACAAUUCCUCUGAUAUUUGCAUCCAUGAUUUUAAAGUACAGGUGAGCUUACCUUUAUAUUCAUUCCAAACCCCUGAUUGCUCGUUGAGUAUUUGUUGAGUGCUUGUUAGUGUUUACACAUGGAUAAUUGGUUGUUAAGGGUGUUUGAAUUGUGCUGGUUUGAGUUUACUUAUCAAACGGCAGUGUUUUCUGAAUGACAAUGGUUAUAAUUGUGUCUUAAAAUGAGAGGUGUUUUUAGACUUUUGCAAAGAAGUGUGAAUGAACCUGAGAAAUGUCAAGAAGGGUAAAUUGUGUUUAAAGACUGGGGUACAUGGUCUUUCUGCUGGGAUUUGGCUGAAUGGUUUUGUGAGGAUGGCUUACACAUACCAUUUUUGUGUCUUAGCAAUCGAGAAAAAGCAGCAUAAUGUAUCUGUGUUAUUUGGCUAUGACCAAAGAGGCUAUACCAAUCUCUUAAAGUUAGUACAUAUGCAGGGUGGUAGACUCAUCUGAAGAAUACACUGCAUCAAACUCACAGGCGUCACAUUCUGAGUGGGGAUGGCAUAUAAAACCAAGCAGUUUUUACUUGGUUCCUGCUGCUGUGCAUUACAUUUGUGAAUUAAAACUGUCUCUCUCUGUCAUGAGCCAUGCUACCAUAGCUUAUAUUCUUUUAAUAAAAAAUAUAUAUAU